UUUACCGGAUAUAAUUCGGAUAUCCGACCAGUAAAUGAUGAUAAAGAAAUAAUGCCUAUUGUUAUAGACUUCUCUCUUAUUUCAAUUAGUGAGUUACAAGAAAAAGAUCAAACAUUGGUGAGUUUUGGGUUAAUUCAUCUUUAUUGGGAAGACGACUUUUUAUCUUGGAACGAAUCGGAAUAUGGUGAUUUACAGAAUAUGGUGGUUCCACAAAAAAAAGUUUGGAGACCAGAUAUUGUUGUCGCUAACUCAGUAGAAAAAAGAACAAAAAUUGGAUUUGAUGAACUGCCUAUUCGUUUAAAUUCAGAAGGAUAUUUGGAAUGGGAGCCCAGUAUGUUGUUUAAAACAUCUUGUGAUAUAGAUACAACUUAUUAUCCAUUUGAUGUUCAAGUUUGUAAAAUUAGCCUAGAAACAAUGAUGUCUAAAAUAUACGAAUUGGACCUCAUUAUAAAUGAUCCUGAAAUAGAUACAGUAGAUUACAGCCCGAAUGGACAAUGGAAUUUGCUUAGUGCUAAAAUUGUAAAAAGAGACAAAGCAGUUUAUUCAGCGGUUCAUAUUGAACUAAAGAUUCAGAGGAGACGAACAUUUUAUGUGUUAAAUUUAAUAUUACCAAUACUACUUCUGUCUCUGAUGGGAUCUCUUACAUUUGCUUUACCAAGUGAUGCUGGUGAAAAAAUGUCCCUUUCUAUUACUGUGCUAUUAGCUUAUGUUGUCUUUUUGACGAUUAUCAGUGAUAGUAUGCCCCAAACCUCCUUACAAAUAUCUUUACUAGGUGUAUAUUUAACUAUUUUGGUGGCUCUUAGUGCUCUCGCAGUU